CGUGUCAGUAGACUGUCUGUGUGUGGCACAGGGUUGCAUUGCUGGACGAAGGGGAAAUGCUCGAGCGGCGAAGAAGUACAACGUUACACUUUUAAACGUCCCAAACCUCUUCAAAUUCGGAAGUAUCUUUUUGGCAGUGUUUUCUGGGGAUUACACGAACCUUUUUUCGCGCCGUGGAGUUUGGCGUUUCUUUAUUUCUUUGCCUCGGAGAAGCUGAUUCUCACCGAGUCGCUUCUUGUGAUAAAGCGAGCGCGCGAGAGAUGUUCGCCACCGUUCGCGUCAACCAGGAACCAUAUCUUUCUCUCAGAUAUUGAAGCCGUGAUUAACAUUUCAGAAGUGGAACAGUGGAAGUGAUUCGGCAGUUCGGGCGCACAAAGACAGCAACAGAGGUCUGAGAGGAUUUUUGCCCCCAGCGUCCAGUUGGCUUCGUGUCCGGCUGAUUUUUACAGUACAGUGGCGUACCAGUGGACACCCCCCACCCAAUAGACCUCCAAAAAAUAAAGGAUACAUUUCAAAAUGUAUCCACAGGGCCGGCAUCCGGCGCCCCACCAGCCUGGUCAGCCAGGCUUCAAAUUCACAGUGGCGGAGUCCUGUGACAGGAUCAAAGACGAAUUUCAGUUCCUGCAAGCCCAGUAUCACAGUCUUAAAGUGGAGUACGACAAACUGGCCAAUGAGAAGACAGAGAUGCAGCGCCAUUAUGUCAUGUACUAUGAGAUGUCCUAUGGGCUGAACAUUGAAAUGCACAAACAGACUGAGAUUGCCAAAAGGCUCAAUGCUAUUCUAGCCCAGAUUAUGCCUUUUCUGUCACAAGAGCACCAACAGCAAGUAGCACAAGCUGUUGAACGUGCAAAGCAAGUGACAAUGACUGAACUAAAUGCUAUCAUCGGGGUACGUGGACUUCCCAAUCUGCCUCUCACCCAGCAGCAACUCCAGGCCCAGCACCUCUCUCAUGCUGCCCACGGCCCUGUGGCUUUACCUCCCCACCCUUCUGGCCUUCAGCCACCAGGAAUCCCACCAGUCACCGGCUCUGGCUCGGGCCUGCUGGCUCUGGGAGCCUUGGGAAGUCAGCCACACUUGCCGGUGAAGGAUGAAAAAAACCACCAUGACCUGGAGCACCGAGAGAGCACGAACAACUCCAUCUCUCCAUCAGACAGCCUGCGCACAACCAGCGAGAAACACCGUGGCUCCUCCGAUUACAGCUUGGACUCCAAGAAACGCAAAGUUGAGGACAAGGACAGCAUGAGCCGAUAUGACAGUGACGGAGACAAAAGUGAUGAUCUGGUGGUUGAUGUUUCCAACGAGGACCCUGCCACACCCAGAGGCAGCCCUGCCCACUCCCCUCCUGAGAACGGCAUCGAUAAGCCCCGCCCAGCAAAGAAGGAUACGCCCAACAGCCCCGCCUCUGUGGCCUCUUCCGGCAGCACCCCCUCCUCUAAAAACAAGGAGCAUGGCCAUAAUGACAAAUCCUCCACGCCCGGUCUCAAGUCCAACACCCCCACGCCUCGUAAUGAUGCCCCCACCCCGGGUACCAGCACCACCCCAGGGCUGCGGCCCAUCCUGGGCAAAGCUCCGAUGGAAGUUCUAACCGCCCCUGCUCUGCGCACCCCCCUCUCUUACCCAACUCCCUUUGCCAUGAUGAGCCACCAUGAAAUGAAUGGUUCUCUGACCAGCCCUGGAGUCUAUGCCGGCCUUCACAUCUCUCCUCAGAUGAGUGCGGCCGCUGCUGCUGCCUACGGACGCUCGCCCAUGGCGGGUUUCGAGCACCCUCAUAUGAGAGCUCCCGGCCUCCCUGCCAGCCUCACCUCAAUCUCUGGUGGAAAACCAGCCUACUCUUUCCACGUCAGCGCUGACGGACAGAUGCAGCCCGUGCCCUUCCCUCCAGACGCUCUCAUUGGUCCAGGGAUCCCACGCCACGCCCGUCAGAUUAACACACUCAGUCAUGGGGAGGUUGUGUGUGCCGUGACUAUCAGCAACCCGACUCGCCACGUCUACACUGGUGGCAAGGGCUGUGUUAAGAUCUGGGACAUCAGUCAGCCUGGAAGCAAGAGUCCAGUGUCUCAACUUGACUGCCUGAACAGGGACAACUACAUUCGGUCCUGUAAGCUGUUGCCUGAUGGCCGCACACUUAUCGUCGGAGGGGAGGCCAGCACUUUGACCAUUUGGGAUCUUGCCUCCCAGACACCACGCAUCAAAGCCGAGCUGACCUCCUCCGCACCGGCCUGCUACGCACUGGCCAUCAGCCCAGAUGCCAAGGUGUGCUUCUCCUGCUGCAGCGAUGGUAACAUCGCCGUCUGGGACCUCCACAACCAGACCCUUGUCAGGCAAUUUCAAGGACACACAGAUGGUGCCAGCUGCAUUGACAUCUCUCAUGAUGGCACCAAGCUCUGGACAGGUGGCCUUGAUAACACAGUCCGCUCUUGGGACCUGAGAGAGGGCCGGCAACUCCAACAGCAUGACUUCACGUCUCAGAUCUUCUCCCUGGGCUACUGUCCGACGGGUGAGUGGUUGGCUGUUGGCAUGGAAAGUAGCAAUGUGGAAGUGCUCCACCACACCAAGCCUGACAAGUACCAGCUGCACCUUCACGAGAGCUGCGUUCUCUCUCUCAAGUUUGCCUACUGUGGUAAAUGGUUUGUGAGCACUGGGAAGGACAAUCUGUUGAAUGCAUGGAGGACUCCCUACGGCGCCAGCAUAUUCCAGUCAAAGGAAUCAUCCUCGGUCCUGAGCUGUGACAUAUCAGCCGAUGACAAGUACAUUGUUACAGGCUCUGGAGACAAGAAGGCCACGGUGUAUGAAGUGAUCUACUAGACUGAGAGGUAACAGACUGGAGCACUCAGGCCUCUGGAGGAGGAAGGGGACACACACAACUUCUCACUCCAGUGACUCUCCUAGUCAAACAGACAGGAACAGCCCUUGUCUGUCUGACUGUCUGUCUCACACUCACUGACUUUUUACUGACUGACCGCAGAGGUGAACGAGUGGAUGCUGGGGUGACUCUGGACUGAGCUGCCUGGACUAAGACACGAAUGUGCAGCCCUACAGACCCCAAACACUCGGCCCGGUUCAUAUGGCACUAGAGAACACUCGAUGUUUCCUUACUUGCUGUUUUUUUUUUUUUUUUUUGCUUCAAAUCUUUCUUUGUUGGAUUUUGUUUCCUUAUUUUUUUUCCCCUCACUAUGCAGUGAGAAUGUUCCAUAAUGCAUCGUGAAGCAGCGCUUCGUUCUGAAACUUCAUCUGUGUGGAGGGUAUGUGAAAAGUGUACAUAAUGGAGUAUUAAAAUGCCUUUUAUAGAUUUA